AUGAUUUGGAAAUAAACAUAGUCCCAUAACAGUCCCAGAAAUAUUUACACAAUGGCAACGUGUUACCAAAAACAUCCAUUUGAAAUCGAGAACGAAGAUCGUCUCACAACUAUAAACACGAAAAUAUUUGAGAUCAAAAAGAAAAUACAAUUGUCUGAGGGUCAAAGGAAGUCUUGUUUCGAAGAAAAUGAACAAGAAAAACAACAGAACAAUGAUCUUAUAGAGACUCUGAAGAAAGAGAUCAAAGCUCGUCUUGGAGAACUAGCGCAAGCCAAGCAUGUGAUUGGAGAAGAAGAGGUGCAAGUGAAGAAGUACUUGACUGAAGUGUGCCCCAUUGGCAAUAAGAGUAGUGAUCAGAUAAUACACAAUCUAGAUUUAAAAGUAAUAGAACAGAGAAAGAUGUUGGACUUACUGAAGUACGAAAAACGGAGUAAAAAGAAUAAACUUCAAAAAUUCGAAAAAGAGUACGAACAUCUACUCAUUGAGAAUACAAAAGGAGAACUUGUGAAAUCGAAAUCUAGCACGAGAGCCAGAAAGAAAACUUCACACUUAGAAAAUGAGAUCCACAAAGUGCUUAUUCAGUGGACCGAAGCAGAAUUGGUUAAGAAAAAAUAUUUCUCUAUCAGACAAGCGCUUAUAGAUGAUUCAGUGAAGUUCGAAAGUUCACUUCAACGUAUACAGGAGUCUUUGCAGAAGCAAAAGGAAGAAAUAGCCAAACUUGAGAAAAUCCGCGAAGAAGCAGCAGAGAUGCGCGUGCGGGCGACAGCAGCGACCUCUGCAGAGGCCGAGCGAGCUCAUGAUGCGGAGCAUACGAGGACGCAGGAGAAGGCGUACUUCGCGCAGCGAUUCGCGGAGAGAAAACGGGAACUAGAGAAAUUAGAAAAGAGGAUAUUCCCACCUCAAGCUCGCGUGGUUCGGCAAGAAUCUGUUAGAUCAGAUGAAGGUGAAAUCGUAACUGAGGAAGAAUCAGCCGCGGUCCAAAUGGAACAGAUAUUCCAAAGACUCAUGAAACUUACAGGAGCAAACGAAGCAGAGGAGGUGUUUGAACGUUUCCAAGGUCAGCGAGAGACAAGCAAGCGCCUGAACUACCUCCAGCAGACCAUUGAAGAGGAGAAACUCCAGCUGGAGGAAACGCAGACCACGCUUUUGAACGAACUCGAGGCGUUCAAGUUUGCCUCCGUUAAGGAUAAGGAUGAAGGACAAGAACAGAUAAACGAAUUGAAAGAAGAGAUAGGCCGUGAGAAUGAGCUCAUCGAAGAGCUGCAGAAACAGUUAGAUGAGCUGGAGACGCUGCUGUUGGAGAUUAAGCGGCUGCUCUAUGAUCUAUGCAAGUUAUUAGAUGUUAUACAAGACCCGCCCAUUCCAGAAUGGACUGCAGAACCCAGAGACGUCCAGGAGUUGAUAGCAGUGUUGACGUCGCGGUACGAGAAGGCCGUCGUGAAAGCUGACGAAAUCCGAGAGAAGCAGGGGGAGUCAACUAUCAUCGCUAUUCCGUCCAACCCAACAAGCCGUCCGUCCUCAGUGGCCGGACUGAGCGCCAGCCAAGGCACGCCAAAGGAAUCUGAAAAGAUCGUCCCGACUUACAAGGAGCUCAUCACUAAGGAGCCAGUCAAAGCCCCACCUUCAGACGAAGAAGAGGACAUACCAUCGCGAUGCUAUCUGAAGCGGCAAGCGCAGCUGAUUGUAGACACCAAAUGCAGAAGGAAAGGAUACCGGGCGUUCCCGAGAAAAUAAUAAUAACUAAAUAGAUAAUAUUCAACAGCCAACACUAAAAAAGCACUAAAGUUGUACCGUGGAUCAGAUGAACACAGAGAAAUUAGAUAUAUCACAUUUAGAACCGGAGACACUUGCUCACGCUGGGAAUCUAAUCCAAAACCACUACGACACGAAGGUUAUCGAUGAUGAAGAUGAUCUUUAGAAAUGUUUCAUCAUGCGCUCAAACGUUAAGAUGUUAAUAUACUUACAUUAAAUAUUAAAUUUAAUAAAUACACCAUUUAUUGACUAUAGUCUAA